GCCGUUUCAUCGCUUUCGUCGUGCUAGACGUUGUUGGGUAUAUUGUAAACGUAAUCGACGUCAGUCAAAAUACAACAAACUGGCAUUUUGAUGGCGCAUUCGUUCAAUGGCAACGGUUCGGAUUGGAGCAGCAAGCGAGCGCAUUGUUUUAUUAUCCACUUUAUCACCAUUUAUUGUUAUUGCCACUGUGGUCUUUUAACGCUCGAUUCACUGUUUGAUACUAUUCAGUAAAAACAAAAGUGAUAGUGACAGCGACGAAAACAUCGACAACGACGGUAGCGUUUUAGUGCCAUUGACAGUGUUUUGAUUCGGCGAAUAUUUCGCUAUCGGAGUGCUAUCACAACGCUAUCGUAAGACGACGAAUAUCAAAGCGCUGCGACGUUCAGUGUGCUGCAGUGCAGUUGUGUCAAAUUAGAGUAAUAUAGAAUCGCGGCAGUGACGAAUAGAAGCCUGCACAGCAAACGAAAACGCAAACGACAGCAGUAGUAACAGCAACAGUCGUCUGGUAGUCAGGCGGUGAGUUAGACAGUUGUUCAGUGCUGCGGCAGCGUUCGUAACGAAAUCUCGGUUUGGUGGCAUUGACGCUAAUAAAUUUGAUUAUUAUUAUUAUUGUCGCUAUUACUAUUAUUUUAACGAUUAUUGUGUUGAUUGUGGUUGUUGUUCGUAGUGUUAUGCUGAUGACGUUUCCAUGAGCCGGGUUGGCCGAUUGAUAAAUAAAACUUUAAGAGUACAACGAAAUUAAUUUACUCAAUAGUGUUUGUGUGAAAAACAAUAAAAAAAAUUCUUGGUGAUAGUAAAUGUUUUAUAUAGCAACAAUAAUUAAAUGAAGUGGAAUUAAUAAAAGGCCAGUGUUCAAAAAAUUACCAGAAUAACACAGUUAUUUACGACAUCAAGUACGAAUGCAUAUUAACUGUAUAACUUUGGGUUUAAUUAUUAUAUACAUGUUUAUAUUGCCAAUUUCACAAUAUUUACUUAUGAUAAAAAAAAAUUUGAUUGAAUUCCAAACAGUGUUUAACAUUCUUAAAAAAAUUAACAAAUAAGAUAAGUUAAUUAUACUAAAACAAAUCACAACUCAAAGGGAUUAUGUAAAUUUGUGUCAGAACUAAUUUCGAAAAACCAAAUGAACAAAAUCGGGAAGUUAUUUAAACUUAGGUGAAUCCUAACAUACUAUCUCGCCACGCAUAUAAAAUUUAUAAAAUAAAAUACUAAGCAAAAAGCCCCUCAGCAAAUACCUUGCCGCGGCAAGUAACUCCAACCCAAGCUAGAAUCUAAUCAGGUUUAGCUUUUCUCCUGAGACUGCACUACAACCGCCAAAAUUCUUACCGCUGGCAGUAUGAAUUCCUACUUUGAACAGGCUUCGGCUGGUUUUUACAGCCACCCGCAUCAGACAUCCGGUAUGACAAUGAGUACUGGAGGUCACCAUGAUCAGACAGCAACAGCGGCUGCAGCCGCUUAUCGUGGAUUUCCGCUCUCUUUGGGCAUGUCGCCUUAUGCCAAUCAUCACUUACAACGCACCACACAAGAUUCUCCCUACGACGCAAGUAUCACAGCAGCUUGUAAUAAAAUCUACAGCGAAGGCGCCUACAAACAGGACUGUCUCAAUAUCAAAGCCGACUCAGUGGUCAAUGGUUACAAAGAUAUCUGGAAUACCAGCGCGAAUGGUGUAGGCGGCGGUGGUUCUGGAGGAGGUGGGGGCUCAGGUGGUGGUUCGAACGGGUCAAAUAAUAACGGACAGAACAAUCCUACUGGUGCCAUGCCAGUGCGUCCAUCCGCUUGCACUCCAGACUCCCGUGUUGGUGGGUACUUGGAUACUUCAGGUGGGAGCCCGGUAAGCCAUCGAGGUGGCAGUGGAGGCGGAAGCGGUGGAACUGGUGGUGGAGUCGUCAGUGCCGGUCAAGGUGGCGCUGGCGGUGUUAGCAGCGUAGGUGGUGUUGGUGUUGGCGGAGCAGGUACCGCAUGGAACGCAAAUUGCACAAUUUCUGGAGCGGCAGCGGCUCAGAGUGCUAGUAGCUUACAUCAAGCCACCAACCAUACUUUCUACCCAUGGAUGGCUAUCGCAGGUAAGAUAAGAUCAGAUUUAACACAAUACGGCGGAAUAUCAACAGAUAUGGGUAAGAGAUACUCAGAAUCUCUUGCGGGCUCACUUCUUCCGGAUUGGCUAGGUACAAAUGGCCUCCGAAGACGUGGUCGGCAAACGUAUACCCGCUAUCAGACGCUCGAAUUGGAGAAAGAAUUCCACACCAACCAUUAUCUGACCCGCCGACGAAGAAUCGAAAUGGCGCACGCACUCUGCCUCACCGAACGACAGAUUAAAAUCUGGUUCCAAAAUCGACGAAUGAAGUUAAAAAAGGAAAUUCAAGCCAUUAAAGAACUCAACGAACAAGAGAAACAAGCGCAAGCGCAGAAAGCGGCAGCACAAGCGGCGGCGGCAGCGGCGGCUCAAGCGCAACACAUAAGCGAUCAAAACUAGGAAAAAACAACUACAAAUUUUUCAUAUUACAAAAAUAAUUAUAAUAGCAAUAACCCUGAUGCUAAUAAUACUUUUAACAAUAACUUUACAUCUAAUACAAUAUCAACAACUGCAAAAGGAAGCCUAACAACAACAUCAACACCGUACUCCCAUGCAACAGCGGCAACCAUUUGCAAUAGCACAGUGUCAACAUCAUCGUCAGCAGUGAUGCCGAUGUCGACGUCGUUGCAUUUCUCGACGCCGUCAUUGUCCGCAUCUUCGUCACCCUUAUAUCACGCACACUCCCACACAGCAAAUGCAAAUGAGAAUUUUAUCGAUAGUUUAAGCAAUGCUAACAUUAAGUAUAAUCGAUUGAAUUUUAUUUUAAACCGAAAUAUUUACGAGUAUUCUGCGAUGAGCAGUGGGCAUAAGCUUUACUGAAUUUCUAUACUUUAGUGCGGAGAUGCUAACCUAUCUUUUACAUAUGCAUGUAUGUAUGUAUGUGGAUGGAGACCACUUAAAUUGUUGCCCUCAAGUUAAAUUUAAUUUCUAAUUUUUCAUUGUUAUUUACAAAAAUUUCGAAAUAUACUAUAUUCUAUACAAAGUCGAGGAAAUCCUAUAUUAUAAAUGUUAUAUGCAACUCGACCAACUAAUAUAUUUAUAUUUAAAAAAAAUUGUAUGUGUAUUGU